CUUGACAAUCGGUGGGCAGGGCUUGUUGCUGUGCCCGGGCCGGCUGGGACUUGUGGCGCAGUGAUCUCGACCCGCGGUUGACUCUAGCCACCGACCUCCUCCUCCUCCUCCUCCACGUCCAGGACUGGAGCCCGAGCGCGUUUUAAAAACCGCCCGUCUCCCUCCGUCGAGUCAACUCUCCAACCCGGCCUCAGCCACCUGUCCGUCCAUCAUCGCGCAUCUUUACCCCCCCCCCCCCCCCGCCCUUUCCUUGCGCUUCCCUCUUCUUGGCUCCCGAGCGAUCCUCCCCAUCACCCGAUCCCAACUGCAACCCACCCCCCGCGCCCCGGUCCCUUUCCCCGACGCUCCAUGGACAGGAAAGGCUCCGAGUCCUGAAGAGGCGAUGGCCAAGUACCCGGCCAGGGUCGACGGCGCCUUUGCGCACAGCCAAGCCUUGGAGGACUCCUAUGGCGAGCUGCUCUCCAGAGGUUUGCUUCAGGUUUCGCCCUGCGGAGAGCCGCUGUCCGAGGUCGAUUCGCUGCGCGGCAGACUGCAAGGUCCCGACGGGGAGCUGGGGUUCCGCGCGGGCAUCAAGGCAGAAAUUCAUUUCAGAAGUGAACCCAUUUCUUCAGAAGAUGAGGAUGGAGAGAGUCAAGAAAACAAGAUAAAAUCUCUGAGCAAAUAUUUGCCUCCAAAGAAAACAAUCACUCAGAUUAUGAAGGACAAAAAGAAGCAGACACAACUCACUUUGCAAUGGUUAGAAGAAAAUUACAUUGUCUGUGAAGGAGUUUGUUUGCCCCGAUGCAUCCUUUAUACUCACUACCUGGACUUCUGUAGGAAGGAGAAACUUGAGCCUGCUUGUGCUGCAACAUUUGGGAAGACAAUUCGACAGAAAUUUCCUCUCCUCACCACUAGGCGGCUGGGUACAAGAGGCCAUUCAAAAUAUCACUAUUAUGGAAUUGGCAUCAAAGAAAGCAGUGCAUAUUAUCAUUCUGUGUAUUCUGGUAAAGGUUUAACAAGGUUUUCUGGAAGCAAAUUGAAGAAUGAGGGUGGUUUUACACGGAAGUAUUCUUUAAGCUCCAAAACCGGGACUCUUCUUCCAGAAUUCCCCAGUGCUCAGCACCUUGUGUUGGACCAAUGUAUCUCUAAAGACAAGGUGGAUACCCUUAUCAUGAUGUACAAAACUCACUGUCAAUGUGUCCUUGACAAUGCCAUUAAUGGAAACUUUGAAGAGAUUCAACAUUUCCUACUACAUUUCUGGCAAGGAAUGCCAGAGCAUCUUCUUCCCCUGCUUGAAAAUGCAAUUAUCCUUGACAUCUUCUGUGUUUGCGACUCAAUACUCUAUAAGGUCCUUAUAGAUGUACUCAUCCCCGCAACUAUGCAAGAAAUGCCAGAAGGAAUAUUGGCUGAUAUAAGAAAUUUUGCUAAAAACUGGGAACACUGGAUUAUUUCUGCAUUAGAAAAUCUACCAGAAGAACUUGCAGCAAAGAAAUUACCGAUUGGACGGAGAUUUGUAUCUUCCCUGAAGCGUCAGACCUCCUUUUUGCACUUAGCCCAGAUUGCACGGCCUGCUCUCUUUGAUCAACAUAUAGUGAACGCCAUGGUUACUGAUAUUGAAAAGGUUGAUCUGUAUGGCAUUGGAUCUCAGGCACUUCUCACAAUUUCAGGGAGUCUGGACUCUGAGGCGGAGGGCUACACUGAAUUGUUCCAAGAAUUGAAGGACCUCUUAAAGAAGAAUGCUACUGUGGAAUCGUUUAUUGAAUGGCUGGAUACCGUAAUUGAGCAAAGAGUUAUUAAGGCAAGCAAGCAGAAUGGUCGGUCUCUAAAGAAGAGAGCCCAAGAUUUCCUUCUCAAGUGGAGCUUCUUUGGAGCUCGAGUAAUGCAUAAUCUCACUUUGAACAAUGCGUCCAGUUUUGGUUCAUUUCAUCUCAUCCGCAUGCUUUUAGAUGAAUACAUCCUGCUUGCGAUGGAGACCCAAUUCCACAAUGAUAAAGAACAAGAACUUCAGAAUUUAUUGGACAAAUAUAUGAAGAAUCUAGAUGCCAGCAAAGCCACCUUUACAGCAUCCCCCAGUUCUUGUUUCCUAGCAAACCGCAACAAGGCUGCUCCAAUUGCUAGUGAUGCCUCAGUGAAAAACGAAUGCCUGAUGGAGCAAACCUAUUUCUCUUUAUCAUCCGGUCAUCAUAGUAGCUUAUCAUCCAGUCUGAACCCAUGCCCUGCAGGAGACAAUGAGAAUAUGCAACCCACAGGUCAGACCGACCUCUCUCAGAGCACUGCCCACCUUAUCACUCCACCCAUUUCUCCAGCCAUGGUCAGCCGAGGAAGUGUUAUCAACCAGGGACCGAUGGCUGCCAGACCAUCCAGUGUAGGCCCGUCUUUAUCUGCACACUCGCACUGCUCUUCUUAUUCUGAAUACCUCUACCAGACGGUGCCACAAACGAAUCAGAACUUCUAUGGAGCCGGUGCCAGUUACCCAGCCAUGUUCAGGGCCCAGACUCAUCCACCUUCAGGAUCCUGUCCCCAGAGGGCAGAAUCUAGCCUUUGUCCAGCAGCCAAUGAGCAGCAACGUUUCUCCCGGGACUACUUCAAUAGCAGCUGUGCUGUGUCUUCAUAUAGUGCCCGUUCCCUUCCUCUCUAUGGAGCCUCUUCAGCCGCACAGGACACACAUUGUAUGCAAUUUUUGAACAAUGGGAGUUGUAGUUUUGUGAACAACACCACAGCAAGUUCUUGUCAAGGAUCAGCAUAUUCCACAGCUGCUUCUAAUGGGUUCUAUGGAAAUAAUACAAACUAUUCAGAUUCCCACAGAUUUGAGUCAUUGGUAGAUCAGCACGUUUCUGUCAUCAGCAGCGUAAGCAGCAUUCGCCCGUUGCCUCCAUACAGUGACAUUCAUGAUUCACUUUGCAUCCUAGAAGAUACAGGAAGGAAACAGGGAACAUCUUAUUAUCCAGAUGCCUCAAUCGCUGGCCAGAACUCUAUAACUUCAGAAAUGCUGUCUGCUCUGCCUACAAGUUCCUCUGAAUGCAUGUAUGGCCAUUCUCGUCAGUGCCCUUCUCAGGAACCAAUGGACUCUUCUGGACAAGCUAACAAUGAGAUGGUGUCAUCCUUACCACCGAUUAAUAUUGUCUUCAUGGGAACUGCUGCUGGAGGAACCUGAUUUUUAGUUCUCACUUACUUCUUCAACCUAACAACGUUUUUCAUCAGGAAAGUUUUACAAAUUUGUUUUUGAAGAGCAUCCAGAAAGUUUUUACAGUUAAAUAAUAUUGGACUACUUCUGAGUCGGAGUGCAAAUUAUUUCUUAUAUGUAAAUGAGAAUAUACUUGCACAGUGGUUUUUUUAAAAAAUGUGUCUCUUCUUAUUGCUGACUGGGUUUAAAUGCACAUUUAGAGAAUGUCUGUCUUUCCCCUCAUUGCAGUUUAAAACAGUAAUUAAACAGUGUUUCAUUCUUCCAGCAAAACCAAUAAUUUCUCUUUCUCUCAUCACAAUUUUGUUUUCUUCUCUCUUUGAUAUGCAACCUACAUUCUGGAAACUCUUUGGAUGGCACAGGUGCACCUGACAGCGGUAUCUACCCCAGACUUAGAAACAUAGAGGCACUUUCAUUAUACAUUUGGUGAGUUUUUCCCAGCCCAGCACCAUCCGGAUGGACAGGAAUAUAAAAUCAAUUUUAGAUGGACAGGAAUAUUAAACAACUUUAACCUGCCUGGGAAGGAUUUAGGACGUCGUUUGGCAGAUUUUGAAGCCACCAAACUAAGAAAGCCUAUCCAAAAUCAUUUCACAAUACUACGACAAAGCAUAUUUUGUGAUUUUGCUCCCAAACAACAACCAUUACCCUUCUUCCCAUCCUAUCUGAAUUAUCCUGUUUCAUUGAAUAGUUCUCCAAGUAUCAUGCCUUAAGGAGAGGAGAGUGGCAAACCAUUUCCAAAAAAAUAUUGCUAAGAAAACUAUAGUAAUAAUUAAUUACAAAUAGGCAUAAUAAUAGUAAUAACAAUGAUGAUGAUGUAUGAUGAUGAUGUGAUGAUGUAAGGAUCCUGGGUAACUACCUAUGUGUACUUUAUUUUAUGUUAUAUUAUUCUAAUUUUUUGCGAUCUAUGGUUGUUUAUGGACAUGGCAACCGUAGUUCUCCCAAUCUGCUAGUUUUUAGAACUUUCCUUGUUAGAUCGGCCUUCUAAUCAAAAUACGUGUGCUUCACUGUGAUUUCAUGAUUUCAUUUUAUUGUUACCCCAUAUAUUACCCACAUUUUGCCCCUUUUCACUUCCUCUCUUGGUCAGGAUGUUUCACUUCCUCUCUUGGUCAGGAUGUUUCACUUCCUCUCUUAGCCAGGAUACCUUAGUCAAAAAGAUUCAAAACAGAUUGAAUUUCUCUCUGGAUACUUCAUAGGACAUUGCUUUGAAUGGAUUUUGGAAUAGAAGAUAUGAUUUUGGUAUCAACAGCUCUCCACUAUUAUUUACCCAACACUCUUAUUGUUGUAAAGACACACAUUUUUU